GGAUAGAUAAGAUGGCUGCUCUUGAGAAACAUCCAGACCUGAGGCUCCAGCAGAACAAUCCAUCAGAUCCCAGCACCAGUCAGAAGAGUCAUUUCUUGGAGACUGACUGGAAAACGCCUAUGUUGUCUGUGAAGUUCCAGAGCCGUGUCAGUCGCUGUUCAAGUGUGGCUGACAGCGGGGAUGGGGGCAUUGGGACCUCCUGCUCAGACAGCACAGAAGACUUUUGCAAUUCCAGUAACGGUUCCUCAUUCCAGCCCAUCAAAACCCAAGUGACCAUCCCAACGGCCCAUGUUAUGCCUUCUACAUUGGGUGCCUCACCCUCCAAGCUGUGCUCUGCAGGAGACCAGAGCUGUUUGCAGAGUACUUCAAAAACUGCUAUGCCAGGAUCUGCUUCUGAACAUGCAGGGCUCAUGAGAAACGGAGACGUUAAUGCCGGGAAGUCGUCUCAGGUGCCACCCAGGGAUCUCUUGCGUCUCUACAGGACUUCAGGGGAAAAUGGUUUUGAGCAAUCCUGGCAUCCUGUUUCUGAUCACAUGAGAACAGAAGAUACUUGGAAGUUUGACACCCCCACCAUUGAGCGCACCUUUAACCAGUCUCUCUUUCUGGAUAGUUUGUGCGCUGACCCUCUCCACAGGCUCCAGAAGUUCAAUCCAAACUCUGGGACAGCUGAGGCAGGAAAGAACCAUUAUAAGGUGCUGCCAGAGAGUAAGCAAACGGCAGGGGCUAACGGAGCCUGUGAGCCCCAGGAUGGAACGUGGCCGAGUGGGAGCAGACUGAUGCCAAUGGGACUCCAGGCCAACAGUUUCUUUUCGAAACCUGUAGCUCCUUCAUCUCGAGCAUGGAUGCAAGAAGCCUGCUCGCUGCAUCCACAUGAGAGGGUCUGUGAGCUCAGCGCUUGGAAAGAACAGCUGGAGAAAGUGCGAUUGCAAAUAGAGCAAAUGCAGUUACAAAAUGGAGGUGCCUGCCACCAUCCCUCGAUGUAUUCUCCUUCGCUGCCUACGCCUGAUCCAGCCCAGUGGAUCAAUAUCCUGAACUCCAAUGAAAACCUCCUCAAGGAGAAAGAGCUUCUCAUUGACAGGCAAAGACAACACAUAUCCCAGUUGGAGCAGAAGGUUCGGGAAAGUGAACUGCAGGUUCACAGUGCCCUGCUUGGCUGUCCAGCACCCUACGGAGAUGUCUACAUGUUGAGAAUGCAGGAGCUGCAGCGGGAGAACACGUUUCUUCGAGCACAGUUCACAGAGAAGACUGAAUCCCUCAGUAAGGAAAAGAUUGAGUUGGAGAAAAAACUGGCUGCUGCAGAGGUGGAUGCAAAGCUGAUCCGGGAGUCACUGAAGGAAACAAUGCAGAAACAUGCAGAGGAAUUAAAGAAACAGGAAGAAAGGGUAAAGGGAAGAGACAAACACAUUAAUAACCUUAAAAAGAAAUGCCAGAAGGAAUCUGAACAAAACAGAGAGAGACAACAGAGAAUCGAGACCCUGGAACGAUACCUGGCUGAUCUGCCAACCCUUGAGGACCACCAGAAACAGAGCCAGAAGCUGAAGGAAUCUGAACUGAAGAGUGCUGCUAUGCAGGAAACAGUGCUGGCACUGGAAACAGAGCUUGGAGAUGUCCGGGCUGCUUUCAGGGAGCAAGAGAUGCAGCUAGAAACCCAAAAACACAAGGAGCUGGAGCUUCUUUCCACUGUGCGCAGCUUGCAGGACAAGGUGCAGCAGUGUGUAAAGAAUGCAGAGAGAGGACCCCCUGCGCAGGAUGGGGAGAGACAGAAAAUAGAAAAUGACUCUCUGAAGAAAGAAUGCGACUCCCUCAGGAAGAUUGUGGACAAGCAGCAGCAGAAGAUGGAGCAGUUGUCCUUGCAAGUGAAGAACCUGGAAGAACAGGUGGCCCAGGAAGAGGGGACAAGCCAAGCUCUGAAAGAGGAGGCGAUGAGAAGAGAAAAUGCACUGCAGCAGCUCCGGACCGCUGUGAAAGAGCUUUCAGUGCAGAACCAGGAUCUCAUUGAGAAGAACCUGACCCUUCAGGAACGACUCCGGCAGGCAGAGCUAACAACCCAGCCGCUGCCUGCAGAGACAGCCCGCCUCGCCCAGGAGUUGUACAGUGAGCUGGCCAGCUGUCUGCAGGAUUUGCAAUCUGUCUACAGCAUUGUCACUCAGAGGGCUCAGGGCAAGGAUCCCAACCUCUCUCUGCUCCUGGGCAUUCGCUCUGUGCAGUACUCUGCUAAGGAGAAGGACAACUUACUAAGCCCUGACGGACUUGCAAAGAAACUGGUGGAGGUAAAACAGCUUCACAAAGAGGUGGAGGACUUAAGGACAGCAAUAUCUGACAGAUAUGCUCAGGACAUGGGAGACAACUGCAUCACCCAGUAAAGAACGCUUCCCAAAGUAAGACAGGAAAUGAAGACUUGAAACCCUCAGGAGACUAGAGCUCUUGCGACCCAAAACCUAUUCAGCACUUUACCAUCCCUUUGCUCGGGUACAAGAAGUGUGACUUAUCCAAUCCGUGAGGAAUCAGGGGUUUGUUGACGGAAGUGUUUAGCUGCUGACUGGCUAACUGGAAUCGUUCAGGGCUUCGGUGUCUGGGCUUUGCAGUACCUUUGAUCUUGUGGAAUGUGUUUAUGCUGUGUUUGCUGGAGCUGGUGUGGUCUCUGAUGCUGGGAGGUGAAUUCUGAAUUGCCUUCCAGGCAUGUCAAAUGCUGAACAUGCGAAUGUGACAGUUAAAACCAUCACUAAAGGAAAC